AUGCCAGAUGACGCGCUUUCAGUAUUCCUCUCUCCAAAUGGAGUCAAGAAUAUACCGCUUGAGAUCAAAACGCCACUUGCCGAGAUGAGCUUAUCCGAUACCAAGGCCUUGGCCCUAAAGCUUGUCGAUAGUCUCGUUCACCUCAAAGACGACUCUGGUGAAUUCCGCGUCCCGCUCCCUACAGGCGGAUUCAAAGUCGAUUCCAAGUCGUGGAACAACUGGGAAUGGACCCAGGGUGUUGGGCUCUACGGCAUGUGGAUGUUGUUCGAGAUCACCGGCGACGAAUCAGUGCUUGCUCAUAUCCAAGCCUGGUUUGAUCAGCAAUUUCUCAAAGGCACUCCGACCAAGAAUGUCAACAGCAUGGCUCCGAUGCUGACGCUUGCGUAUCUGUAUGAACGCACGGGUCGGUCUGAAUAUCGCGCCUAUUUGGAUUCCUGGGCGGAGUAUAUCAUGGAUGGGAUUCCCCGAACCGAAGAAAGAGGAAUCCAGCACAUCACCUUCCGACAGGUCAACGAAGGCCAACUAUGGGACGACACGCUGAUGAUGUCCGUGCUCCCUCUCGCCAAGAUCGGCGUCCUCCUCAAUCGACCAGCAUACGUAGAAGAAGCCAAACGCCAAUUCCUCCUUCACAUCAAGUAUCUCGCAGAUACCCGGACCGGACUCUGGUACCACGGCUGGACAUUCCUAGAAAGACACAACUUCGCCGAAGCCCUAUGGGGAAGAGGCAACGCCUGGAUCACGAUUGUCAUUCCCGAGUUUCUGUCGCUCCUUCAACUGCCUGCUGGCGAUCAUUUCCGAGACUUCCUUGUCUCGACGCUCGAGCAACAGGUUUCUGCUUUGAGGAAAUUCCAGAAUGAGAAUGGCCUGUGGCACACGCUCAUUGAUGACCCUUCUUCGUACCUCGAGGUCUCGGCUUCGGCGGGUUUCUCUUUUGGGAUAUUGAAGGCUGUGAGGCUGGGAUAUCUUUCCAGGGAGUAUCAGUCGGUUGGGCUGAAGGGGAUGGAGGCUGUUAUUAACAGUGUGGAUGAGAAGGGGAUGGUGCAGAAUGUUAGUUUUGGGACGCCGAUGGGGCCGACUAAGGACUUUUAUAAGGCGAUCAAGUUGACUGCAAUGCCAUAUGGGCAAGCCAUGACGUUGCUGUGUGUGGUGGAAAUUAUUAAGCGAUUCUUGUGA